AUGUGUAAGAAACAAUCAGUGGAAUGUCAGUACAAAUGGUUGAAGAGAUUUUUAAUUGUGUCUAAUUCAUUAAAUUUGGUAUUUGGUACAUGUUUAAUUGUUUUGAGCAGUUAUGUACAUCUAUUUCUGAGUACAUUUUUACGUAAUAUGCCAGUUCAUAUGUUAUCAUUGACAUUUAUCAUGAUGGCACUUGGAUGUCUUCUGUUCUCACUUGGUAGUAUUGGUAUAUUAUUCGUUUUCACUGGACGUCGAAGAAUUAAUGCACUUGUAAAGUUGAAUGCUGUUGUGAACUAAUACUAAUUUUGUUAUUUAUUUAUGAUUACAGUAUACAGUACUGUUGAUAGUGGCUGCAUCAAUCAGUAUCAUUGUUAUUGUAACGACAUCCAUUUUGCGUAAAAAGGUAAUGGUUUUAAUCAAGUGAAUGUUUCAUACUCAUAUUAUAAACACUUGUUUAAUACGGUUUGUUCAAUACUUAGAUGGGUAUGAUGUUUCGAGAUGUCAUCAAAGGUUCGAUCAUCCAGUAUACUAGGAAAAAUAGUUAUGCAGCAUUUGUGAACACAAUACAAUUGCAGGUAAAUUACACUUGAAAAGAAACUGUUUUGUAAUUCAUGUGUUUUUCAAAAGCAUAAAUGUUGUGGUGCAAAUUCAGUCAUGGAUUAUACUGUGAGUAAUCUCUCAAUACCAGUUUCAUGUUAUCCUGACAAAGCCAUAAUACCGCAUAAAAAAGUAAGUGCUGAUUAACAGUUUUGUAAUUCAGAUUCAGAUUUGUGUAGUAAGGACAGAAGGC